CGUCUAUGAGCCGAGGAGGCGUCUUCCUCCACAUCAUUGGCCUGAAUGGUCUCGUCUACGACAGUAAAACCAAUCUCUGUUAUGUUUUCAACUACUUGUACUCGCUUAUUUUCUUUCAAAACAUAUGUAGUAAACUAAAGAAAAAGAAUUCGAAAUAUUGGCAGUAGCGCUGGUACUGCAAGACAUGUCGAACUUUAAUUGUUAUACAUAAAAAAUUAUUUUGGACGAGUGGUAG